AUGGCCGGCUCCGGCGAGGCGGCGGCACACGCGCUGUUCGCUUGGGGAGCGAACAGCUAUGGACAGCUUGGUCUUGGCCAUAAAGAAGAUGUAUUCCUGCCCACGUCUCUGCAGCAAUUUCUUUGUAAUCAGACCAACAUCAAAAGCAUUGCUGGAGGAGGUGGACAUUCUGUUGUUCUUACCGAAACUGGAGAACUCUUUCUAUGUGGCCAAAAUAAUGAUGGGCAGUUGGGACUUGGUCACACUGAAGACGUGAUGCACUUUACCUUAUGUACUUCUCUGACUGGUUGUCCUGUCAUGCAAGUUGCCUGUGGUUGGGACUUUACAAUCAUACUUGCUGAAAAUGGCCAAGUGUUCUCUUGUGGAUCGAAUUCUUUUGGACAAUUGGGAGUUCCUCACACUUCUGGAAGAUGUACUGCUCCAGGGAGGAUUGAGUCUUUACAGGACAGAGUGAUAAAUGUUGCUGCUGGACUGAGACAUGCACUUGCUGUCUCUGAAAAUGGUUCGGUGUUCCAGUGGGGAAUUGGUAUGGCAUCUCAAGCAAAGCGGGCAUCCCAAGGGGAAACAGUCCCAUCCUUCUUGAGGUCAAAAGAGCCUUGCAAAGUAACAGGUCUAGAAAACACCAAAGUGAAGAGUGUCACUUCUGGCUCAUACCAUGUUGUCUCACUCACUGAUGAUGGAGAGUUGUACGUUUGGGGGAGCAACAAAAACAAGCAGCUGGUGAGCAAAGCUGGCUUUGUGUUGAAACCCCUGAAGUUAGAAGCUCAGUAUUUUGGGGGUGAAAAGGUCAAAAGAAUCUGGAAUGGAUGGACCCAUAUGAUCGCACAAACAGUGACUGGGAAGGUCUUUACAUGGGGUCGAGGAGACUAUGGGCAGCUUGGAAGAAGUGAGAUGCUCCAUGAAGGACAGAGACCGGAUGGAAAAGGCUCUACUGAACACAGCUUGCAAGAGCCACUGAAUGCCCCUGCUCCUGUACCCAGCCUUACUGGGGCCUCUGAGAUUGCAUGUGGUUCAGAGCACAAUCUAGCAAUAGUUGGGAGACAGUGUUUUUCCUGGGGAUGGAAUGAGCAUGGGAUGUGCGGCGAUGGAACAGAAGGAAACAUUUGUCCUCCUCAGCCGGUCAGGGCUCUUAGUUCUGCACAACUACUUUUAAUUGGAUGUGGAGCUGGACAUUCCAUGGCAUUGUGUCAUUUACCAGGAUUCGAACUUGCACAAUAGAAAUGUCAGCAUAACCUGAAGUUCUAUAUGUUUUAUGUACUUACAUUUUAUGUGGCUAAAGAACAUGAACAUUAUUGGAAAAACUACUUGUCACUUUAGAAGCAAAGAGAAAGGAAUCACAUUGCAAUGUUAUUUAAGGGGCAAAAUCAGUGCGCUAUAUUAGAACAAUUAUUAAAGUAGGAAGAAUCUAUCAGAUGUUACUCAUGAGAGCUAAUUCACAAUUAAAGCAAUGGAACGAAA